AUGCCAGGGGUGAAGCUCACGGUCCUCAGCAAGGAGUUGGCGAGGAAUCCCAAUUCCUAUCGCGAGUGGCGAAAAGAGAUUGAGAUCAUCGAGAAGAUCUACAAGGUGGCUCCAGCGGACCUCGGACCCUUGGUGUACCUCAGCCUGGAGAAGGGCGACGGACAGCCAAGGGAGUUGGUCGAGACGCUCGACCUAGACGUGCUCAGCAGCGAGGUCGGCCUGCGGAAGCUGAUGGAGAUUCUGGACGAGGAGUUCACCGAGAAGGACUACGAGCGCAGCGAGAAGCACCUCAGGGCGUUCGAGAAGUGCCGCAGAGGCAUCGGAGAAGAUGUCGACGACUACAUCGCGAGGUUGAAGACAGCCAGGCGCAAUCUCAAAGUACACGACCCUGGAACUACAUACUCCGACACCUCAUUCGCAAGGAAGCUCUUGCGGAGCUCAGGGCUAUCUCGAGAAGCCCAGCGGCAGGUACUAGCAGCAGCAGGUGCGGAGUGGAACUCGGAGAAGAUCGAAGCGACGAUCAAGAUGGUCUAUGGCGAUGUUCACCUGGACGAGAAGCGGCGUGUUGACAAGAAGAACGAGCACCCGAGCAGGAACACGCAGUACCGUGGAAUGGACGCAGAUGAAGAGUUCAGCCAAGAUGAGGAUUACCCUGAUUACGAUGACGAAGACGGUCAGCCACAAGACGCCCUCGUGGCGGAGGAGGCGCCAGACAACCACCAGGAGGACGAGUACGAGUACGGCGAGCAGGACUCGGACGCCAUGGACGACGAAGAGGAGGUGGUGCUGGACGCGUUCUACCAGGGCUUCAAGGCGAAGAAGAAGCAGUUUGGCCGCGGCAAGGGACGCGGGAAGAACAACAUGAGUGGCGGCCGGGGAAAGAAGUCCGGAGUGUGCAACGACUGCCUCCAGCCAGGCCACUGGAAGGGCGACCCAGAGUGCCCGAAGGUGAUCGCAGGGAUUACGUCUCCAUUCAAGCCUGGCGGCAAGGGCGACGGCAAGAAGAGUUCUUCCUCGGCGAAUGUGGCAGCGACGAUGGCUACGGACAGCACGGCACACAUGGAGUUCAAGUGGUUGAACGACGGAGCGGAAACAUUGCCAUCUCCCCAUUCGGGACCGGUGGAUGCCUUCGUGCUGGGUUCGCAGAAGGUCAAGGCGGAGGUGAAGCAAGAGAUCGACAACCGUGGGCUCGAUCCCAGGAGGCCUCCGACACCGGGCUCAGAGUUCGAAGACGACUCCUUCGAGAAGGACUCAGACGAAUCCGAGGGGGUCUACAAGAGCUGGACCGAGGAGCAGCUCAGCGCGGAAUUGGCAAGGAGGAAGCACAAAUCGACAGGACCCCGUGAGGAGUUGGUCGGAAGACUCCUCCGAUCCAACCUGCACGCGACGUUCAUGGAGGAGGAAGUUGACGGAUGGCAGGAUGUGGAAAAGAAACCCUCAGGGGCGGCUGGAAGUGCCGAUGGCGGCAAGAAGCCAAAGCCCUCAGCGCGGCCGAAGCCUAAAUUGACACCAGCGGCUUCGAGGUUCCAGUCUGAUAGGAUCCACAUCAGCGGCGACGACGUACGCUCGUUGGUCGAUCGGUACAGGGCGCGGCUGGACGAGUUCGUGGUGGACUUCACGAACCGCGCGCGCGACCACCACACGGGGUACGUGACCGACUACGAGCUGGAGGUGUUCAGGAUCCUGACGGCGAAGCAGCUGCAGGACAUACUCCUGAUGCUCGAGCAGCCUUACAGUGGCUCAAAGCAGGAGAGGAUCGAUAGGUUGAUAUCGUUCAUCACCGACCAGGUGGAGAACCCCUGCGAGCACAAGAAUGCGGGCUCCGGCGAGGUCCUGGACAACGUGCGCUGGACAAGCACAUCUACCUGGACGUUCGCGAUCUGCAAGAACUGCAACCGGUACGUCCAGCGGAUCCCGAAGACGAACUACGCGAAGGAAAUCAGGGACAAGGCGUACAGCCGCGAGGACAAGAAGGACGCGCUCGUGGUCAACGACGUGCUGUGGGAUGAUAUCGGCACGACGGAGCUAAUCAACGACAGCGGGUGCAGGCGCAGCGUCGCAGGCCACGAGUGGCACGACAACUUGCAGGCCGACCUGAAGAGUUUGGGCCUCCAGCCGGUCAAGAAGGACAUCAAUGAGGAGUUCAGGUUCGGCGGCGGCGACGUGGCAGUCAGCACGGAGUCGUUCGUCUAUCCAGCUGGGAUACAUGGCGCACACGGAGUCAUUGAGGUGGCUCGAGUGGAAGGACGAACACCACCACUGCUAUCGCAGCAAGCGAUGCAGGAUCUGGGCGUGAUCGUCAAUUACCGCAAGAAGGUGAUGGACAUCGAGGAGGCCGGAGUGUUCAAGAAGCCGAUCAAGCAAUCGCGGUCGGGACACUUCCUCGUAGACAUCGGAGAGUAUGGCAACCCGAACGAGUUCCCGGAGUGUUUCCAUAUCAACGGCAAGAUGGACAUGACCCCACAGGAGGAGGCCAGCGAACUCGGGUUCAAGGACCUCUCGCGUGUUGGAGUCCUACAGCGAGGUAGGAAGAAGCGGUUGCAGAGGACCACGAGAGGAGUUGCUGAUGCGUUGGCUGCAGAGGCGAAGAGAUCCGUCCACAAGGACUCGCCGACAGUGAGGUCGAGAUCCAAGAGGUGGAAGUUCCUGGGGAUAUUCUCGUGGACGCUUGCUCUAUCGUGCGAGGCGGCGGCGCAAGGGUGGCAGGUCAUGCCGCCAAUUAGCAUCGAGACGGGCUUCGACCUCUACACACGUUCGGGGCGGGCACGAGCCUGGAGGGAGGUCGUCGACAACAAGCCGGACGUGGUGGCCAUGGCUUGGCCCUGUGACCCCUGGACGGUGAUGCACAACUACCAGGCACACCGCCCAGCGUUCCAGAAGGAGUUGCAGGUGCGGCAACAGCAGUCCCGUGGAGCGUUGAGGUUCGUGAAGAGGGUGGCCGACUACCAACGCAAGCGCGGAGCCUACUUCUACGGCGAGAACCCGCUCACAAGCAAGGCCUUCCAGGAGAAGCCGAUAGUGGAGCUGCUGAAGUCGCACGGCACGACGGUGGUAGACAUGUGCGCGUUCGGGCUCCGACAUCCAGAUUCGGAUUUACCCAUUAUGAAACCAUCUCGGAUCAUCAUGUCCACGCAGACGAUGGCGGACAAGCUCGAACGACGGUGCCCAGGACACCGACAACACGCUAAGAUCGAAGGGCGAUUGGCUACGCAAAACAUGAGGACGAGCACGUACGCCGGCGGCUACACGAAGGAGUUUGCCGAGGCCGUCAUCAGCGUGUUCGCGGAGGCAUUGGACAUACGGUACUUGACGAAGUUGACGCCCGGCUGGCACGGCAGCGGCGACCUUGUGAUACACGUGGGACAAAGUAGGGUUCAACUAUGGUCGAAGGACUACCCCGAGCACACCGUGAGAUCCGUUUAUGCGGUCAAGAAGACAAGUGACCGUGGCGGGAAGAAAUGGCAUUGCGAGGAGUUCGACAAACAGGAGCCCCACCUGAAGUUCUACCGGAUGUACCCCCAGAAGAUCCUGAAGGACAACAACCACCGGAGCCUCAAGAGCAGCAAGUACAACAACCACCGGAGCCUCAAGAGCAGCAAGAUCUCCCGGCGGGCGAGAUGUUCACUACGACGAGUGGCCAACAAGAAGUGGCCCAUGUUCCGCCUGAAGUUCGCGCGGAAGUACGACGAGCACACCAGAAUCUGGGUCAUUGCGGCCCUGCACCUGGACUACGCGAAGGUGUGGCAGUGCGAGGUGUGCGCGAGACGAGCAGCUCCAGAACGACGUCGAGUGGUGUCGAGCCGACAGAGACCCACGUCAUUUGGGAUCGCGGUCGGGGUGGACACCAAGGAGCUGAAGGACGCGAGUGGCGGCAAGUACCUGGCCCUGAAUUGCGUGGAUUUCGCGACGAAGUUCUCGUGCCUGAUCAUGCUGGAGAACCCCUCCAGCGCAGAGGCGGCCAGGAUGUUCAUGACGAAGUGGUGCACCUGGGCCGGAGUACCUCUCGCGUGCCACUCCGACAACGGCUCGGAGUUCAGGAAGGACUUUGCGUCCUACGCGGAGUCGGUGGGAAUCACGAUGAGAGUGGUGCCCACGGAAAGUCCGUGGCAACACGGGCUGGUCGAGCGCCACGGGGCCGUCAGCAACGACAUCGUGCGCGCGAUUGUGGACGAGUGCACCAUCCAGGGCCCGGCCGAGAUGGAGCUAGCCAUAGCGGCGGCGAACAUCUGCAAGAACCGAAGAGUGGAUCCAUCAGGAUACAGUCCCAGGAUGAGAGUUUUCGGUUGUGGAGACAGGUUGCCAGGCAGCGUGCUGGACAGCCUCCUCAGUGACGAACAGUACCCAGAGAUCGCCGUGCACGACGCGGUGCUCAAGGACUACCAGGUCCAGCGGUCGCAGAAGAUACGCGAAGCGGCUCAGGUCGCGCUGGCGAAGCUGGACAACAACGACAAGUGGCGGAAGGCCAUCGUCCACAACUACCGACCCACACCUUCGCCGUGGAUGCCCGGAGAGUGCGUGUUCUUCUGGCGAGCGGCAGGUACCUUCAAGUCGCAGGCACGAUCUACAAGACGAGCAGACCGUUGGCACGGUCCAGCAGUCAUCCUCGGCAGGGAGUGGGGACGCGAAGGCCAGAACGAAGCGUAUUGGCUGGUGUUCAACGGGAACCUCCUGCUGGUGGCACCACAACACAUCAGGUCGGCAACCCCAGAGGAGCGCUUGGCGAGCGAGGCCAUCGGCAGCAUCCUCGAGAACUACAACAUGGACCUGAGCGGGAUCUCGAGGGGCCAGCACACGUUCGAGGACUUGAGGCCGAGCGCGAUGGAGAGUACACCGAUACCUCCGAAUCCAGUCGAAGUGCCAGUGCCGGGAGUUGUUUCAGAACGAGCGGAAGAACCACGACAGACACCUGAGCCUGAAGCUCAGCCAUCACCAGCAGGGAGUGUUGGGGCGCCUACGCCACCACCUACACCACCAUCGCAGAUAGAAGAGGUUGUGCCUCCGGCACCAAUGGUGGAGACGGUGUUCAACCAAGCCGUCGAGACCCCAGUCCCGGACCUAGACACGGAGACGCUGUACGCGAUGAACGAUGUGUUCUCGCUGGAGCUCCGUCCCUUCCAAGCAGGUACCAAGGGGAAAUGGUUGGACUCGCGGAAGUUCACGAAGACGGAGUGGCUCGGGUUCAACGAGAGCAUCGCCAAUAACUGGAACCAGCACCUGGAGCACGAGGCCGUCAGGGUGGUCCUGCCCGACGAGGCGGCGAAGGUCGCCAAGUCGAGGAUAUUCAAGGUGCCGGCGCGCUUCGUGCAUACCCUCAAGGAGGGCCAGCCGAACAGCCGACUCGUGAUCCCAGGACAUCUCGACCCGGACAACCAGGGCAAGCUUGGCAUCAAGCACGCGAAACGCAUGGCGAUUUCGUCAGAGACGGCAGGUACACGGACAGAUGCACCAGUGGCGCCCAUGGUAGGGCUGAUGCUGCUGCUGAACUUGGCAGCGCAUUUUGGCUGGGAUCUCGGGACGUUCGACAUCGGCUCGGCGUUCCUCACCGGCAAGACGAACACGAGACGGUUAUAUGUGAUGCCUCCCCGAGAAGGGCUACCUGGAGUUCCUGCUGGGAGCUUGGUGGAACUGCUCAAGGGUGUAUUCGGGCUACGAGAAUCCCCUCGCUUAUGGUGGGAAAGGUUCUCGGAGGUGUUGAUCCAGGCCGGAUUCCAGCCGCUCAAGACCAUGAAAGGAGUUUUUGUCAUUCGGAACGACAAAGGCAAGAUCGAGGCGGUCCUAUGUGUUCACGUCGACGACGGACUCUGGGGCGGUACCGGCGAGCGGUUCGCCAGAGCGAAGGAGAUCGUACGCGAGAAGCUAAACGUGACCAAGGAGAAGCAGGGUCAGUUCGAGUUCCUCGGCCGGCGCAUCAAUCAGCUGCCGGACAAGUCCAUAGAGGUCGACCAGCACGAGUACAUCGAGAAGAUGGAGAAGAUCUUCGUGCCGGCCUCCAGGCGGAAGGACCCCGAGAGCAAGGCGACCGAAGAAGAGCUCUCGAAGUACCGCAGCCUGGGACAACAAUUAUCGUGGCCCGCGCGGACGACACUACCUGGAUUAGCCUAUGACGUCAGUGACCUGCAACAGCGGACGCCAGACUUGACGGUCGGCCAGCUGUGCAAGGCGAACACGGUGUUGAGCAUGGCCAAGGAGAUGGUGACGCGUGACGUCAAGCUACGAUUUCAUCGCGGAGAUGGAUCGGGGCGAUUUGGAUGCAUGUGUGUACACGAUGCCUCGUACGACAGACAGCCGAGGAGUGGAUCGCAACAAGGAUUCAUCCUCCUGCUCACCGACGAGAAGUUCGACGCCAAGAAAGUCAACGUGGUGGACUGGUGCUCGAGGAAGAUCCAUCGUGCGGUGAGAUCUACAUUGGCAGCGGAGGCGGCAAGUGCGAGCUACGGGUUCGAUAGGGCGUGCUUCGUGAGGACGGCAUUGGCCGAGAUAUUGUACGGCUGGGAAUCGGAGAGCGACUGGACGACAUUGAUGGGCAAGAUCCCCAGCCUGUGCGUGACGGACUGCAAGAGCUUCGUCGACCUCUGCCGUAAGGAAGGGAGCAUGCCGACGGAGAGGAGGAUCGCGUUGGACCUCGCGGACCUUCGAGAUCGAUUGGAAGUCGGAGACGGCUUGAUAUGGACGGACACCCGCCUGAUGCUUGCCGACCCCCUGACCAAGCACAUGAAGGAUCAGAGCUAUUUGGAGCAUGUCCUCAAGACGGGAGACUACGUCUACCGGUGCAAGUAUGAGACCAAGGCCGAGAAUCGUGGCGGGGGUGACCCCGGUGAGUGA